AUGGCCACCCUACGGAAAACCCACCCACUCUUAAAAAUUGUAAACGACUCUCUUAUUGACCUCCCAGCCCCCUCCAAUAUCUCAGCAUGAUGAAACUUCGGCUCCCUCCUUGCACUUUGCUUGGCCACCCAAAUCCUUACAGGACUGUUCCUGGCAAUACACUACACCUCAGACAUCGCAACAGCCUUCACUUCCGUUGCCCACAUCUGCCGAGACGUAAACUACGGAUGACUCAUCCGAAACAUGCAUGCCAACGGUGCAUCCUUCUUCUUUAUCUGCAUCUACCUUCACAUUGGCCGAGGACUUUACUAUGGAUCUUACCUCUAUAAAGAAACUUGAAAUACAGGCGUAGUCCUUCUUCUGUUACUAAUGGGCACUGCCUUUGUAGGCUAUGUCCUCCCCUGAGGACAAAUGUCAUUCUGAGGAGCUACAGUCAUUACUAACCUUCUGUCCGCAGUACCCUACGUUGGAAAUACACUCGUCCAAUGAAUCUGGGGCGGCUUCUCCGUAGACAACGCGACCCUAACCCGAUUCUUCGCAUUCCACUUCCUCCUCCCCUUCGUCAUUGCGGCAUUCUUUAUCCUCCAUGUCCUCUUCCUCCACGAAACCGGCUCAAACAACCCCACAGGGUUGAACUCCGAUACCGACAAAAUUUCAUUCCACCCCUACUUCUCGUACAAAGACCUGCUAGGCUUUGCAACACUACUGGUUGCACUUACCUCCUUAGCAUUAUUCUCCCCCAACCUCCUCGGCGACCCCGACAACUUCAUCCCCGCCAACCCCUUAGUGACCCCUCCCCAUAUCAAACCCGAAUGAUACUUCCUCUUUGCCUACGCCAUCCUCCGAUCGAUUCCCAAUAAACUAGGAGGGGUCCUGGCGCUCCUACUCUCCAUCCUCGUUCUGAUGGUGGUUCCAAUCCUUCACACCUCCAAACAACGAAGCUUUACAUUCCGACCAAUCACACAAUUCCUAUUUUGACUCCUCGUCGCAGACGUUAUCAUCCUUACAUGAAUCGGAGGCAUGCCCGUUGAACACCCCUUCAUUAUUGUGGGACAAGUCGCCUCAUUCUUGUAUUUCUUCCUAUUCCUUGCCCUCAUCCCUGUAACAGGUUGAGUAGAGAACAAAAUACUAGAACAAGCGU